GUUACUCCUUUGGUAGUGGCCUCUGGUGAGGUGGUUGAUGAAGGAGAACGAGUGACGUUCCAAUGUUAUGUGCCCGGUAAGCUGAAUAUUCAAGUGAAUUGGCACCGGCAAGAUGGUGUACCGUUGAGUGCGGACACUAUUGUUGAGGGUGCAACUCUGAUCAUACCUCGCGCAACGUUAGCAGAUACGGCAGCGUAUAUUUGCUCAGUAGAAGAUGGCUACGAUGGACUAACAGUUGAUUCAGCACCUGCCUAUCUUUCAGUUAAUCCUGUCGAACCUACAACUGAAGUCGUUCCCGUCCUCGACAGUAGCUCAAAAACUGUCGAAGAAGGCGACACGGUUGAACUGCACUGCACUCACACUGAGCAAUCACUCGAAGUGCAAUGGAGACGUGAGGACGAUGUGGAGCUGGAUUUCACACGGAUGAGCAUUGAGAACGGAAUUCUCAUCAUUCAAAAUGUGCAUCAAUCGGAUGCCGGCAAGUUUGUCUGCUUCCUGGAAGACUGGGAGAGUGGCGCUCGUACCGAUUAUGAGCCCGUCAAUCUGCUUGUGAAUCCGUCUGAAACUACUGAAUCGCCUACAACCACUGUAUCGUCAACACCACAAACAUCACCUGUAGAAGAAGCACACCAUCUAGUGCCUGUUGCUGACGUUUCAUCCGAAACGGUGACACAAGGUGAUACGAUCGUAUUGCGAUGUAGUCUACCGGAUCAAGAGGACGAUGUUCUAUUGGCGUAUUGGCGACGCGAGGAUGGCCAAUUGAUGAGUGAUGAGGUUGUCGAGCAGGACGGUGUUUUAACGAUCACAAAUGCACAGCCUUCUGAUUCGGGCCCCUAUGUGUGCUAUACGGAGGAUGCGGACACUGGCGAACGUAUUGAGAGUGCACCUGUUUAUGUCACUGUUAUUGAAGCCACUACUAGCGCACCUGAGCCACCAGUUGAACCUGAACCUGAGUGGGAGCCCGAACCAGAGCCUGAGCCCGAACCAGAGCCAGAGCCAGAGCCUGAGCAACCCGAACAAUGUACGUUACACAAACGCCAUUAA